AUGUUGCAGCAAACCAAUGCUGCUUCCUCAACAGCAUCGACAUCACCUAUUGUGAACAAUAACAAGGCAAACCACAACACUUGUAACUACAGCAAUCAUACACGCAUAAACCAACCGAACCAAACAACGAGCAAUUACGGAGGUGGCAGUCACAAUUUUGGAAAUGUGCAAUUUUCAAAUAAUGGUAUUAGCGAAACUACCAUUGCCAAUGCUAAACAACCCUAUGUUCAUCAUUUUCGUAUAGCAAAGAAGAAGACCACAAUUGAAUUCAAGAUGGUGGAUGCCAACGACAUUAGGAAGAAUAUGUACGGAAAUACAAUGCAGCAUCAUGGAAGUGGUCGGACAACAACUUCUACCUCAUCACAGCUGAAUAUAGCUUCAUCACAAACGAAUCUUUUACCUACAACAAACACAAAUUCUUUCAACAACCAAAACAACACUGGAACGACACUUAAUUCUAAUGUAGCUAAUCAUUCAACAACAACAACAUCAAAAUCUCCCCAACCACCCUCAACAACCAAUCAUGACUCUACAGUGUCCUCAUCCUCCUCCAAUGCUACCCAAACAAAUUCUAACAAUUCUCAUCACACUCAAUCGUCAGUAUUAUCUACCAUUGAUAAUACAGUUUCAUCGGAUCAAAAACACACGAAAAAGCAAAAGCCUGCACCAGCUAGCUUUGCGAUAUCUUCAAAGAUCACUAAACAUCAUUCUGGUUCUAGGAGAAACUCAAUGCUUUCCUCUCAUUCCGUAGAUUUAUUGCAGAACAACUCAAAUUUUCAGCAAGAGGUGCUUCAUUGUACACCAACCACUUUAAACUGUACUUCUAUCACUACCAAGAAAAAUCAUCAAACACGACGAAAAUCAGUGGCAUCUCCAUCAUCGGGAUUAUUAGUUCCUUCUCACGCAGACCAACCUACCAUACCAAAUUUGGCCAAUAACAACGCUUGGAAUGCAACAACAAGCUCACCAAUUACCUUACCGAAUCAUCAUUCAGCAACAACACCAACUGAACACCAAUGUACCUACACACCAACCCAACCUCCAUUCUCAACUACCAACACCAGCCAUCGUAGUAAUGGCACAAGCAAUCACCUCAGUAGUAAUUCGGCGAAUGUAAGUUCUUGCCCACCAACUUCUCAAACGCCACCAUCCUCUUCGUACUUUGUGGCCGGAUUCACAUUUGGAUCUCCGAGUAAAACAAGUGGUGAUUCCUUAAUGAUGAAUUCAUCUAAUUACCAUCAUCACACUAACAGUACUAAUGGCCAUUCGGAUCUGAACUAUCAUGGGCUUCAAGAUGGGUUGUAUGGUGAGGCAUAUUAUAGUACUUUGACGCCUGAGCAACGAAGGUAUUUAACUCAUGGUGGAAGGAAAACAUUUGCAACUCUUCCAAGCAUUGAAGAGAUGACAAGAUAUCAUGAAUUAAGGAGAAAUUCAAUUGACGAGUUGACUCAGAAUUUUGCUCAAUGUGUUUCCACUGCCGAGAGAGUCAACCAGCAUCAUGAAGAUAUUCCAGAGCCUUCUCCAAUAUUGGACGCUGAGCAUUUGAAGAAUCCAGACCAAAGAUUUAGAAGGAGACAAACAUAUGCAUUUGAAAGCGAUCAUUUUAGCCCCUAUGAUGCUCAAUAUGAUUCGAACUGCUUACAAUCUCUCAAAUCGUUUAACUUUCCAAGUCGAAAUCCUCAGCACUCACACGACACAUCUCUAAGGACCACAAACAACAAUUCUACAGAAUAUUUACCCACGCACCAACACUCACUCUCCCUAAACAACGUUCCCUCUUCCACUGAACAUGGCUUACUUCCAUCCAUUCACGAAAUAAUUUCCAAAAGAUAA